AUGAGAACGCUCGCAGCUGUGCUUGCGAAAGCUGCAGGUGUCGCCAUGACAGGCAGAAAAGCCACUGCCAUUCGACUCAGCAGUUGGGGUAAAAAAUGCCUUGCUCGUUUAGAAGACGACAAGUGCUCUGGGUCCGGGCUUGGCGACCGCACGCUGGCCGCUUGGGCACGAUUACUAUACAUAACGAAUUCCAUAUCCAUCGCGUUUGACUAUGACGAUCCCGAGGCAGUGGCCUCAGUCGACGACAUCAAAACUCAACUCAUGAUGAAUGCCUUGGAACGCGAUUUGAAUACAUGGCGUCAGUCGUGUUGGGUGCUCAACACUUCACCAGCAUUGAAGAUGCAGUACUACGCGGCACACGUCUAUCUUCGAGAAGCAAUACUAUACGUGGAUCACCGACCCGAGGACUUCAAGGUGCCGUAUCGCUUCAGUCAGCUCAUGCCUUCGCGCUCUAGCUGCGCGUUGCCUGUCAAGUUUAUGGUCGAUGGUUUGACACAGUUGAUUCACGCGUCGCACGCGCUGCUGGAAUCUUUCAUGUCGAUUGAAUUUGGCCUUACACGAGCUUUGCCUCUGGGCAUGUUCUGCGGGAAAUUCGCAAAGUCGGCUUUUCCACUUUAUCGAUCGCUCUGGUCUUAA